AUGCUGUUGGAUGUUAUGGAUGUUCGCGGCAAUUUAUAUAUUUUAAGUAACGGUAAACCAGCUUUAACCGGUUUUUACAUAAACCUUUUAGCCUUAAAGGAUCUGCAAAACACAGGUCUUAAGUUCCACAGAUCUACUUCGGGCGUUCCAAAAUUCACCUGGGGUGGCUUCAGAUAUCGAUAUACUACUCCAUUAAUUAAUGUCUGCAAUGCUUUAAAUCUUAAUAGGCCUAUUUUGGGCUCAUGGACCGGCUCACGUGGAACUUUAAUUUUAAAACAAGAUCCUUUACAGUGA